AUGGUGCGAAACGGAGCGCCCGGAGGUCCGCGUACUGACGGGCCGGGUCAAUCAGGAGUCGUUCGGGCCGGGCGGGCUGUCCUACGGGUCGGUCCUGCCGGCCCGAGACGGCGGUGGCAGCCCGAUUCGGGUCACGGAAUCCGCCGACCACAGAGGUGCGGUCGUGGAUUGGGAUUUGUACGACGACGGCCGCCGCCUGGUCGUGCACGGGAUGCGCGGCCGGACGGUCCCUCGGCACAGAUGGGUGCGGACCGGGCCGGGAUGGUUGGUCGUCUCGGGUCUGAUUGUGGAGAAGAGAGGACCGCGGGACCCUCGUUGCCCCGACCCUGA